UUUAAAGACAAGACAGUGGACCCUUUCCAAAAAGAGAGCUGCCACGUGAUUAAAAAUCUCCCACAAAAGUCAAAUUAUGGCAAGGUGAUUAUUUACAUAAGAAAAAGUUUCUAGAAACGAAUGAAUUCAAUGAAAGAACAAAAAAAAAAGUACAUAAAAAAUGAAUUGCGCAUCCAGGGAAUCGAACCCUGGUCAGUACCGUGGGAGGGUACUAUGAUACCACUACACCAGAUGCGCUUUUGCGUAAAUUACCUCAAACGUUGUUUUUAAACGGCAAAUUCAAAUAUUGCGAUUGUUUUUAGUAGCAAAUAUUAAAAUUUUGUUCCGUACGAAAGAGAACAGCGUAAAUCCCAGAUUCAUGGGAUGAUUUCGAAUAUAAGUUAGUAAACAAAACAAACAAUUCUUCUUAAAUCGAAAAUGUUAUCUUCUGUUCACAAAUUGGGCCUUCAGUGAUUAAAGUAAGUCCAUUCUAAGAUAAGGCCCACGAGCAUCAGAAGCAUAUAUAAUUUUCACUCUAACUUUUAUAACACAUCAGAAAGCAUAUAUUAUAUUUUUCAGUGAACUUUUUAUAUUCAGGAAAAAGAACUCUAAAUUUCCAUGUCAAGUUGAAAUGCUUUUUCAAACCACAUUUUUCUUAGAUAUGUGUUUGAUUUGAGCUAGUUAGUUAGAUACAUAUAGAUUGGUUGUUAUAAAUGACCACACUCUUGAUUUUACUUUCUUGACAGGUGGUUGUAAUUUCCUUGAUCACAAGUUAUAAUGCAGAUAUCUCAACUUAUUAAGGUAUCAAUAUCUUCAUUUAGUCACCAUCAUACUAAUUCACCACGUCUUCUUCUUCUUUUGCCCUAUCUUUCCAUACACCUACUUGGAUCGGUUGAGAGUAAACAUAUAAUAUAACAAGGGGUCAAGGUGAUAUAGUAACGUGUGACAAUAAUAUAUAUUUCACUGAAUCAGGUAAAUUAUGUUAAUUACCUUACGUAAUUACAAAUUGUUAUGGUAGUUAGCGAUUUAGAAAAACUUGUCGAUAUUCCAUUGAUACCAAAAUAAGCUAUUAACUUAGUAUUCACGUAUGGUCCAAAAACAUAAUAAUCUCAUAACGUUGAAAUAUUAAACGAAAUAUAAAAUUACAACCCUCUAUAAAUUGCUAAGUUCUUGCGUACAUGUUUUGAAGACAUAAAUUAUCAAAGAAACAAAAGGAAAGCAUGUUUAAACUCUGUCUCGUUCUAAUCUUGCUUAUUGCAAUAGAUGCAAGUCCGGUUCAGUCCGGUUCUCUUAGUUGCUCCGGGAAUAUAUCAGCGAGCGAUGUCGAUCGAGUUCAUUUCGCGCUGAACUUGGAGUUCACUGAGGCCGAGUUCUUCUUGAAAGGGGCUACCGGAAAAGGACUCGAUGCGUUUAACGCUACACUUGCUAAAGGCGGACCACCGCCGGUAGGGGCCAAGAAAGCCAAUCUUGAUCCUAUAACUAAACGAAUCAUCGAGGAGUUUGGUUAUCAAGAAAUCGGUCAUCUUAGGGCGAUUACGGAUAUGACGGGAGGAAUUCCGCGUCCGCUAAUAAAUCUGACGAGAGAAAAUUUCGCAGUAUUUAUGGACAGAGCGGUUGGACGCAGAUCUAAUCCGCGGUUUGAUCCUUAUGCCAACUCACUCAACUAUCUCUUAGCUUCAUACUAUAUCCCUUAUGUUGGCCUUACCGGUUAUGUCGGAGCCAUCCCUUACCUUGUCUACUUCAAUAUCAAACGGCUAGUGGCGGGUCUACUAGGGGUGGAAUCGGGUCAAGACGCAGUGAUAAGGACGCUUCUGUACGAGAGACAGAACGAGACGGUUGAGGAAUACGGCGGUGUCACGGUGGCUGAGCUGACCAAUGAGAUAUCUAACCUCCGUAACGAACUCGGUAUGUGCGGGAUAAAGGACGAAGGCUUGUGCGUGCCGUUGUGGCUAGGAGCGGAGAAUCGCACCACCAGCAACAUUCUCUCUGCUAAUCCUUACUCUCUCUCUUAUGACCGGACAGCGCAAGAGAUCCUCAGGGUUAUGUACGGCACCGGCGAUGAGCACCGACCGGGCGGGUUUUGGCCGUGUGGUGCCAACGGGAGGAUCGCUAGGAUGUUUCUUGAUGAAGGGUGUUAUGGUGAUUGCGUUUGUUCACAUGACAACUAGAUAUUUCCAUUGAUACAAACACUAGAAAAUAAAAUCGGGUUUAAGCUUGUAAUAUUAAUCUCAUUAAUUUAAUACUGGUGAUUAGUCCAUGUAUUUUAUAACCAUGUAUGUUUAAUUAUUAAAAAAAAAAACGUGUUUCUAUUUAUGUAGAUUACUUUUGUGGGUCCCGACAUAAGCAAAUUUCUUGACUUGUUUGGUGUGAGAUCAGCUAAAUUGAGAAAAUAAUCAGCUAAAUGAAUGGGACAGUAGAAAAAAUAACAAUUUCUUCCACUUUUGCACGAUAUGAACACGUUGUAAUCAAUAAUUUCUACUGACGAUUAUGAUGUCACACGUAUGCAUUACGCCGCGAGACGUAAGAAUACUCCAUAAGAAACAAAUCUAAGCCCACAAGUAAAAUAUUAUUUUAGUGAGCCAAUUAGUAAACUAAUUAUAUUUGAACAGAAAAGUAUUUUUGCAAACAAACUAUCGUGUUGUUCGUGUCAUAUGACUCAUGUUUGAUUAUAGAUAAUAAUAGUGACAAAUUAUCGUCGUGCAUUCCACAAAGGAGGCGGUGUUGGAGUUAUACAGGAGAUUUAAUAUCCACCUUAUAAGUUAUACAGGAACUUCAAAGUUGAAAACUAUAAACACAAAUAAUUCACCAAAAGAAAUUAUCUCUGAAAGUGUUUUGAAACGUUAGAUCACUCCACGUCAACAGGAGCUCAAAAAGUACAAAUGAUUGAAGUUGUUAAUCAAGAAACUACAAAAAUAAGGAAGGAAACAAAAUGUGUCAAUUCAGGCAAAACUGUAUUGCAUUACAUCGCAACGUUUCAGACUUUUCAACUAAUAUUCUAAAGCUAUGCUACAAAUGCUAAUAAGCAACAACUCUAGAAACAAACGUUAAAAAACAAAGAGUCACGGGUACAACACUA